UGAGCUAGCUAGAACAUUCUUCAUCUCUCUACACACGUACGUACACUUCACUAUUGAUUAUAACGCUUUUAUUUUGCCAUAUAGAGUGCAUGUGGCAUCGAAUUUUCAAGAACCACAUUAUCUUCCCUUAUAUAUACAACAACCUCGUAACUUGUAUAUUCAAUCAGCUUCAAGAAAAACAAUUCAGAUAUAGCCAUAGUCCAACCCAUAUAGUCUCAUUGCUUUCAAUUUUCCAAUACUUUUUCUGAGUACCAAAACAGAAGGCACAUCCGCACAUACACAUUCCAACGUACAAAAUGAGGCACUUUUUAGUACUAGUACCACUGAUCUUGCUUGUUUUUGCUGGUUUUCCAUCCAAAGCAAAAGGGUCUCUGCUACCAUUCACAAAUCAUCAAAAUACCCUCUUGGCUGAUCUAUGGUCUAAUCAUUUCCCUGAUCCAUUUCGCGUGUUAGAGCAAAUCCCAUUUGGGGUUGACAAAGAUGAAACAUUCACAGCUCUAUCAUCACAUGCAAGAGUGGAUUGGAAGGAGACACCAGAAGGGCAUGUCAUAAUGCUAGAUGUGCCAGGGUUGAAGAGAGAUGAGAUCAAGAUAGAAGUGGAAGGGAAUAGAGUGCUGAGAGUGAGUGGAGAAAGGAAGAGGGAAGAGGAGAAGGAAGGGGAUCACUGGCAUAGAGUGGAGAGAUCCUAUGGCAAAUUCUGGAGGCAGUUCAAGGUGCCAGACAAUGUGGACUUGGAUUCUGUCAAGGCUAAGAUGGAGAAUGGAGUGCUUACUCUCACAAUGAACAAGUUGUCACCUGAUAAGGUCAAAGGUCCAAGGUUGGUCAGCAUUGCAGGGGAUGAUGAGCAAGCUCCCAAGCUCAAGGGUAAAGAAGACAAGCAGGAGCUUUGAAUUAUUCAUAAAUGAUAAUAACUUUAUCAUACAGACUUCUUAUGUGUGUCAGUAAAAAAGGGUUUGUAAUUUGUAGUUUGUUUUGUGAAUAAAAGGGUUCUGAAAAAAUCUUUGCUUGUUUUAAUGUGUUA